AUGGAGGGUAAACUUGCUGAAGAACUUUAUGCUGAAAGUUUACAAUUCUCUAAAUUAGAAUUACAUUCGAAUCCCGCCGACGAUGGUCACGGACAUAAAUUAAAAGAUUGUGAUGGUGAUAAUUUGAAUCUUGAUGAUUCUUUGUGGGGUGAUUCUGAUGAUGAUAAGGCGAAUAAGUCAUCAGAUUUGGAUAGGGAGUGGCAGAGGAGGCGGGACCAGUUUCAUACGAUUGGUUAUCGAGAAGGUCUUAUGGCAGCGAAGGAAGCUUCUGCACAAGAGGGAUUCAAUAUCGGUUUUAAACAAUCUGUUCACGCUGGUUAUAACUGGGGUGUUGUAAGAGGAGUAGCCAGUGCUUUUGCUCAUCUUCCAAAUCAGCUAAAAGAGAAAUUGGUUGAAUCACUAGAAAAGAGAAAUGAAUUUCAAGAGCUGUAUGAAUCGGUGCAGUCUUUGUCAACAACAGAUGCCCUUAGGUUGUUUCAUGAAGACUUCAAAGCUCAAGAAGCUUCGGAACAAAAUGAACAUGCAGAUGUUAGCGGCCACACAGUAAGUUUGCAUGAGCAAAUUUCACAUAACUCUCCUCUGACAAAUUAUCGUGCACAACUUGAAUCUCUGAUUUGUGAUACUCCUGCCAUUGAUAGUCAUUUACCUGAACCAAAAUAA